GUCAGUGAUGGGUCUGUGAGGAGGACAGCAACAGGGCAGUGAUGGGGUCCGUGAUGGGGCCAUUGAUGGAUCAGUGAUGGGAACAGUGAUGGAGCAGCGAUAGGGUGGGGGCCAUGUAUUGAGGAGGUGCAGCCAUGGGUGGUCCACGCACCAUGUGCAGGUGUAGGCAGGGCCAGGUGCCCUGUGCCAGGGUGCAGUCUGGUUUGGGGUGCUGAGGGCAGAUGGGGCCCUGGACAGACGUGUCAUUCACAUUGGGGAAGCAGAACCAGGGGCUGUGGUUGGCCUUGAGCCUGGGCUGCUUCCUGCCACGCUGCUGCACAGGCACCGAGGGCGCGGGAGCCGGCAGCAGCAGGCAGGUGAGAAGAAUGGGCUCCAUGUCGGAGGAGCUCAGCCUGGUCCCCCUGCACCAGAGGCCAGAGCUGCUGGAGGCCUGCGCCAAGCUCCUGGGCGAGGAGUGGGGGAAGAGCCGGGCGUCGCGGCUCCACAUGCUCCAGCGGUCCUCGGACACCUUCCCCACCUGCCUGCUGCUGCUGCGGAGCCGGGGACGUGCAGAGGCCCCUGCCACCCAGGAGGGGCCCUGCCAGCUUGUGGGCCAUGUCCGGCUCUCCCGUGUGGCUGGCCGUCCUCACGACCUCUUCGUGGAGAGCGUGGUGGUGGCCCGGGCGCUGCGGGGCCAGGGCUAUGGACGGCAGCUGAUGGAAGCCACUGAGCGGUGGGCCCAGGCCCGAGGCUUUUGCUGCCUGCACCUCACCACCCACGACAAGCAGCAUUUCUACGCUCACCUGGGUUUUGUCCUGGGCGAGCCAGUGCAGAGCGUGGCCUUCCUCAGCCCUGCCAUACCCACUGCAGUGCUGCGGCUCUUCUCUGCCCCUCCUGGUGCUGCCACUGCCACCACCGCUAGGCCAAGGGUGCCCUCUGGCCCCCUGUCUCCCUGCCAAACCCCUGCCACCCCCCCACCGCCCCCACCACCACCGACCGUGGUUUGGGCGAGGGGAGUCCUGGCUGAGAACAGCAGGCAGAGCCUCCUGGAGACCCCCCACCGUGAUGCCAAAGGGCUGCCCAUCUUCUGGAUGAAGAAGGACAUCUGAGGGGCUGGGGCCCUGAGCCAGUGAUUAAAAGCAGUGCAGGCGGGAGCUGCCUGCCCCGG